GUAUUUGAUUUGUGCUUGCCUUCUUCUUUCUUGUAUAAACACCAGAUCCAAACUAGACAUACGGGAGGACUGGAGGAGAGCUUCUCCACAUCACUUCCCCAUGGCGCUUGUCAAGAAGAAGAAGGGUGCCGGUGCUGUGCUGCUAGCGGCGGCUCUCACGGCGGCCAUCCUCCUCCCUGCCGCAUCCGUGUAUUCCUCCUCCGUGAUGAGUAGUCGAAGCCGACCACACGCCAGGUACCGAACCUACAUCGUCUACCUCCGGAAGCCACAGAACGCCGACGCCAUGGCCGACGAAGAUGCGCACCGUCGUUGGCACGAGUCUUUCCUGCCGAGCACUCUGACUGACUCCGGCGAGCCACGCCUCCUCAGAUCCUUCUACCGGUACGGGAUUUACGGCUUCACCGCGAGGCUGACCGUCGCCGAGCAUGCGGUGGUGGCCAAGAAGCCAGGGUUCGUGAGCUCGCGGCAGUUGCUGCGUCGAACAAGGGAUGCUUUGCACUGGGUGCCGAGUCGCCAAGGUGCCGAUCGGAAGGUAGCUACUAGCUUCGAGAUAGCUAGGAUUGUGCAACGAUUUCUGAUGAGUGGAAAGUCUACAGAAUGAGGCAGCUCAAGGAGCACCCAGAAGAGAACAAGCAGCGCCUGAGCGAUGCUAGCCGCUGCCAGUCUGAAUCCCAACCAGCUGAGAUAGAGAAAAUGGAGAUGGCAUCAAGUGAUCUAAUGCCAGUCUUAGUGUAUAAUUUCUGUUACCAAGACUGUCAUGUCAUUUUUCCAAUGGAACGAAACUGUCACUCUCAAUAUAUAGUGUAUAGUUUCAUUGAACAGUUUCAUAGACAGUCUGCAUCAUUUAAU